AUGGGAGAACAAGUGGAGGGAGAAAAAAAAGGAAAGGAGGUGCAGUGGGAAUGGGAAGCUGGAGCAGAGGUGCUGUCCUUAGAGCAAAAGCUGGGUCAAAAGCAAGGUCGGGUGCUCAAAGGAAAGGCACAAGUGGAUGCAGGUGCUUUGUUUUGUGUCUUAAUGAAGUUCUUAUCAUGGAAUGUAAGGGGUUUGGGUAAAGCUGAAAAGAGAAGGAGGGUCAAAUUACUACUUAAAGAUAGGAAAAUUGAUUUUGCUUUUUUCCAAGAGACAAAGAAAACUGAGGUUACACCAGAUUUUGUAAAAUCAUUAUGGCCUGUGGAUGAAAUGGAAUUCAUGGUAGUCAACUCUGAAGGGAGAGCUGGUGGGCUUCUGUGCAUUUGGAAACCAACAGCUUUCAAGCUAUCCCAGUGUUGUAGUACAAGGCAUAGCAUUGUACUCUCAAGUACUUUUCUUCCAAAUUUUAACUGUGUCCUUGUCAAUGUUCAUGCUCCAAAUGAAGUUAAUGAGAGAAGUAGAUUCUGGAAUGUGCUGUAUGGAUUGAGAUCUAGAUUAUGUAAUCCUUGGUGUCUGGCUGGUGACUUCAAUGAGAUACGGAAUCUUAGAGAAAGAAGGUGGUGUUCUAAAAGAGAUAGAGGGAUGAAAGAGUUUAAUUUAUUUAUAGAAAAUAUGGAGCUUCUUGAUUUAUCCAUGUUGGGAAGACAGUUCACAUGGUGCAAUUCUAAUGAAGGAGAAAGAUGGAGUAGAAUUGACAGAGUACUCAUGUCAACGGAGUGGGUAGAAAGGUUGAAAUUAAAGUUAUGGGGUUUAGAGAGAAGUGUUUUAGAUCAUUGCCCCCUGUUACUGGUUGAGAAUGGCAGGGAUUGGGGUCCCAAGCCAUUCUGCUUUAUAAAUGCUUGGACUCUACAUCUGAAAUUUGGAGAAGUUGUAAAGAAGUUGUGGGAUGAUUUUGCAAUUACUGCCUGGGCAGGUUUUGUUAUUAUGAAUAAGCUGAAGGCUCUACGUUCAGUUUUGAAAAGAUAG